UCCAGCUUUCGGAGUUUAAGCUAGAAUCCGUAAGAGAGCAGACCCUUGAAGUUUAAAACCUUUUAGCCAAAGCGCCAGCAGAGCCAGAAUCUGUUCUGUGCACCGCGCAGGGUGGGCCAGACUUGCAGCGCUGUGCAGCAAUGGCCAGCAAGAACGGGACCGCCGGGAAGAGGGGCGAUGCAGCUGCCAUUUUUGCUGCGGGGUCGUGCUCCGGGAUGAUCACCAGCAGCGUGCUGCAGCCACUGGACGUCAUCAAGACACACCUCAUGGCAGAGCACCACGCAGGGCGCACCGGCAACAGGGCCAGCCCACUGUCGUCCAGCUUCGCUAUGGUGGUCAGGGAGAUCGUGCGCAAAGAGGGUAUACUAAGCCUGUGGCGCGGGACAGGGCCCACUGUGCUGCGGGUCGGCCUCGGAGCGGGGCUCUACUUUCUGAUGCUGGACAGGGUGAUGACCGGCAUGCGCACACUGCACGAGACGCGGCAGCAAGCCGCACACACUGCAGCGCUUGAGAGAGAAACUUUUGGCAGACCAGCGCCAGUAGAACAGGACCGUGGAAAAGAUACUUUAGAAGUGUUAGUAUCUCCACAGCAAGAGUUGCGGGAGAUAGAGCAACUGUUGCCGUCAGAGGCGAGCACAAGUGGGCGGGAAAGCGGAACAAGUGAAAGACAAGCGGAAAAGCGUGCGGAAGCUGGGGGAUCCCUGCCGGCGCUGUACACCAUGACGGCGGGCGCUGUCACGCGGUCGACUGCUGCAGCACUGCUGUGUCCAGUGACAGUGGUCAAGACCAGGAUGGAGUACUCGGCCGUGACGGGCCACGUGUACCGCAACACUUUCCAUGCCGUCGAGAGCAUCUUCAGGACAGAGGGCGUCAGAGGUUUGUUCAGCGGGCUAGGCCCGACGCUGCUGCGUGAUGCGCCCUACUCGGGGCUGUACCUGCUCAUGUACGACAAGACGCGCCGCGGCCUCAGAGACCUUCUACCCGCUUCGACUUCGCAGGUCUACAUCAACUUCAUGUCAGGGGGCCUGGCUGGGGGCGGGGCCACCCUGGCAACACACCCCCCGGACGUGGUGCGGACCCGGUUGCAGCUGUCGUCGAGCGGCAACAGGCGGGGAGCCCUGGCCACCGCCCGGCACAUCGUCCAGACAGAAGGAGUCUCGUCGCUGUUCGCCGGGAUAACGCCGCGGGUCGCCAAACGCGCUAUGCAGAUGGCGCUCACAUGGUCUUUAUACGAAGAGCUUACUCGAAUCUUCGUGAAACGAAGCAUAUGGGGGUCCAAGGAAGUGGGAAGGCAGGGGGUCAGCUGACGUGUGAGCAAUAAUGACAAUCUUUAGCAUCGCUGAGCUGGGGUUGCAAUCAGGAGUGCCGUUGACUGGGCGUGCUUAAAGAGUCUUAGCUUAAGCGCAUUUCAACAGCGUUUUUCACAGACGGGUUCUUGAUAUAGAAAAGCUGAGUUUUUCAUCAACUUUGAUUGAUCGUUGAUCGUCAUUGAUUGUGUUCAACGUUCCGAAGUAAGAUAAGCACCGUCCUUACAUCUGUGUACGCA